GAGCUAUAUCUUUCUCGCUCCCAAAUCGUCAAACGAGUUGGUGGGUUGCAGCUGUGUGAGGAGGGGAAGGGUGGCGAUGCGAGGAGGAGGAGGAGGAGGCGUCUGCACGCCGGGUCGCCCGCGAUGGGGGUCCGGCGCGACGACGCCGCGGUCGCUGAGCACGGGCUCGUCGCCUCGGGGGUCGGACAGGAGCUCUGACGACGGGGAGGAGCUGGUCGAGGUGACGCUGGACCUGCAGGAGGACGACACCAUUGUGCUGCGGAGCGUCGAGCCGGCGGUUGGGGCGGCGGCGGGGGUGGGGGCGUCGCCUUCGUCGGCGGCGCCUCCGCUUCAUCUUCGCGCGGAGCCCCCGGCGUCCGUAGCGUCGUCGCAGUCGCGGUCGCCGGCGAUGCGGCGGACCUCCUCGCACCGGCUGCUGCAGUUCUCGCAGGAGCUCAAGGCGACCGCCAAGCAGUUCUCGCAGGACCUCACCAAGCGGUUCACGCGCACCCACAGCCGCGCAAAUCUCACCGGGGAGUCGUCGUCCGCGGGGGCGCCGUCGUCGGGCAUCGAGUCCGCCCUCGCGGCGCGCGCCGCGCGGCGGCAGCGCGCGCAGCUCGACCGCACCAAGUCCGGCGCGCAGCGCGCGAUCCGCGGCCUCCGCUUCAUCAGCGGCAGCAACAAGGCCAGCAACGCCUGGAUCGAGGUCCAGGCCAACUUCGACCGCCUCGCACGCGACGGCUACCUCUCCCGCGCCGACUUCCCGAAAUGCAUAGGGAUGACGGAGUCGCAGGAGUUUGCGAUGGAGCUGUUCGACACACUGAGCCGGCGGCGGCGGAUGCAGGUGGACAGGAUCAACAAGGAAGAGCUGCGCGAGAUCUGGCAGCAGAUCACCGACAACAGCUUCGACUCGCGCCUCCAGAUCUUCUUCGACAUGGUGGAUAAGAAUGCAGAUGGCCAUAUCACGGAGGCGGAGGUGAAAGAGAUCAUUAUGUUAAGUGCUUCUGCUAAUAAACUGUCGAGGCUUAAGGAGCAAGCUGAAGAGUAUGCGGCCUUGAUCAUGGAGGAACUUGAUCCAGAAGGACUUGGCUACAUUGAGCUCUGGCAAUUGGAGACACUGCUAUUGCAAAAGGAUACUUAUGUGAACUACAGCCAGGCAUUGAGCUACACAAGCCAGGCACUAAGCCAGAACCUUGCUGGUCUAAGGAAAAAAAGCCCGAUCCGAAAAAUUAGCACCACACUAAGUUACUAUCUGGAGGACAAUUGGAAACGCCUCUGGGUGCUUGCGUUGUGGAUUGGGAUAAUGGCCGGACUGUUCACUUGGAAAUUCAUUCAGUACCGCAACCGGUAUGUCUUUGAUGUGAUGGGAUACUGUGUCACAACUGCAAAGGGGGCUGCAGAGACUCUCAAGCUAAACAUGGCACUUAUCCUCUUGCCUGUAUGCCGCAACACCAUCACUUGGCUGCGGAAUACAAAAGCUGCACGAGCAUUGCCAUUCGAUGACAACAUUAACUUUCACAAGACUAUUGCAGCGGCAAUUGUGGUUGGUGUUAUCCUUCAUGCAGGGAACCACCUUGUUUGUGAUUUUCCACGGCUCAUAAAUUCAUCAGAUGUGAAGUACGCUCCACUGCGCCAGUACUUUGGGGAACAUAAGCCAACAUAUUUAACGCUGGUCAAAGGAGUGGAGGGCAUAACCGGGGUAAUCAUGGUUGUGUGCAUGCUUAUCGCUUUUACUCUAGCAACAAGGUGGUUCCGGCGUAGCCUGGUAAAGCUUCCAAAGCCAUUUGACAAACUAACUGGCUUCAAUGCUUUCUGGUACUCCCAUCAUUUGUUCAUCAUUGUGUACAUAUCAUUCGUCAUUCAUGGAGAGUGGCUGUACCUUAUCCAUGUUUGGUACAAAAGGACGACAUGGAUGUAUCUUGCAGUGCCUGUUGGUUUGUAUGUAGGGGAGAGAACUCUGAGGUUCUUCAGGUCGGGCAGUUAUUCCGUCCGGCUAUUGAAGGUGGCCAUAUAUCCUGGUAAUGUUUUGACGUUGCAGAUGUCUAAGCCUCCUACAUUCCGUCACAAGAGUGGGCAGUAUAUGUUUGUUCAGUGCCCAGCUGUUUCACCCUUUGAAUGGCAUCCUUUCUCAAUAACUUCGGCUCCUGGGGAUGAAUAUCUUAGCAUUCAUGUUCGACAACUUGGUGACUGGACACGGGAGCUCAAGCGGGUAUUCUCAGCAGCUUGUGAGCCACCAGUGGGUGGAAAAAGCGGCCUUCUCCGAGCAGAUGAGACAACUAAGAAAGCCUUGCCAAAGCUUUUGAUUGAUGGACCAUAUGGUUCUCCUGCGCAAGACUACAGCAAGUAUGAUGUUUUACUACUUGUUGGAUUAGGAAUUGGUGCCACACCUUUUAUUAGCAUAUUGAAAGACCUGCUCAAUAACAUAAUCAAAAUGGAGGAAGAGGAAGAAGCUUCAACCGAUCUUUACCCACCAAUUGGUCACAGUAAGACACAUGUUGAUCUUGACACCCUUAUGAGGAUUACCUCCAAACCAAAGAGGGUUUUGAAGACAACAAACGCUUACUUUUAUUGGGUAACACGUGAACAAGGCUCUUUCGAUUGGUUUAAAGGAGUCAUGAAUGAGAUUGCAGAACUAGAUCAAAGGAAUAUCAUUGAAAUGCACAAUUAUCUCACAAGUGUUUAUGAGGAAGGGGAUGCUCGGUCAGCACUUAUCACGAUGCUGCAAGCUCUCAACCAUGCCAAGAAUGGUGUUGAUAUAGUUUCAGGAACUAAAGUCCGGACACAUUUUGCAAGGCCGAAUUUUAAGAGGGUCCUAUCUAAGAUAGCGUCCAAACAUCCUUACGCUAAGAUAGGAGUGUUCUACUGUGGGGCUCCAGUCCUGGCACAGGAACUAAACCAACUUUGUCAUGAAUUCAAUGACAAGUGCACCACGAAAUUUGAGUUCCACAAGGAGCAUUUCUGAAAUACUAAGGUAAAUACAGAAUUGAGAAACAAUUGAAGAUGUAUUGUAUGUAUGCUAUUUUUUCUUUAACACAUACCUUCUUCGCAAUGAGUUGGAAAGAUCAAGGGAGAAGCAUACAGUGUUGUGUUGCCACAGUGCAUGCACUGUGCCAUUACUGUAAAUCUCUUGCUUGAGAUACUCGAAUAAAUUAGGACAUCGAGAAAGGGAAAUGGGGGAUCAGCUGGUACAACAAAUAUGGCAUCCAUCAUAGGUUGAACAGCUCAUGCCCCAAGUGGAACAGUGAAGGGAUUCCCUCUAUAUGAUCUCCUAUGCACAGAGUCCACCCAAAUAUGAUGUUUUUCCGAGGAUGGUUGUGUUUAUAAGCAGCGUGAUGUAGGAUAGGAAGGCCAGGAUGUCACAAUGCUAUUUAACUGUAUAUUUGCAUGGAGCUGAGUGGUUAACUUAAGCCACAAGUUGAAGUUGGUUCUAACUUUGUAAUUAUAUACAGGGAUGCAAAACAGACAGAAUAUAGUUGAUUUUUGUAAGUAGCGUAGGUUGGUAGUGAGUGGGUCCAGAUUGGGGGGCUCAAAUUACUUUCAAGCCUGUUUCAUUGCUUGUGCUGGGUGAGAAGAUGCAUUUUUUAAGGUGUUGCUGCACACACAAUGUUGUAUAUCUUACUGUAGCAAAUUCCUUUUUCUUUUUGACAUUUAUAGUGCUAUUUAUACAAAGUUGCUGUCUGGAAUUUUGUGUUGAAAGGAAAUUCAUGUGGUAAAUUAUUA